GUAUUGUAGUGUAGGGGUUGACACCUUAUUAAUAAUCACGAGUGGGGCGCGCUGAUUGGUGGAAGAGGGGGCGUGUUUGCGCAGGGUUCGCGGAGAACGGGAGACGCUGAGCCGCUGGCAGCGGCUCCCUCCGGCUCGGAGCCUCCCCCAGCAGCGGGGGGACCCUAAGAUCUAGAUACCCCCGGGGCCGGAACAAGUAGAGAUCCCCCUCCGGCUCCUCCCCCACCCCCGGCCGGGGCAAGUGGGGACUCUGCUUCCCAGCCCAAACACCCCUUCCUGCCCCCACUCCUAAAUACCCUUCCACUUCCCAGCCCCAUCCCUCCCCUGCCCCCUUCCUGCCCGCAGCCCCUGUAGAGCCUCCCGCUAGGCCUGCUCUCUGCAGGUCGAGCUGUUCUCCCCCAGGGGGCUGCAGCUCCCCCAUGGCGCUGUACCUGCUGGCCCAGCGUGCCCAUGCCCGCCGGCGGCGGCGGGUGCCCCAGGAGCGGGUGUUCAAACCCCGGAUCCAGUUCCUGAACAUGCCAGAGGAGCAGGUGAUGCGGCGCUACCAGCUCAACCCUGAGAUGAUCCGAGACCUGUGCCACGCACUAGAGUGUGACCUGCAGCCCUCGACUGGCCGCAGCCAUGCUCUCCCUGUUUAUGUCAAGGUGACGGCUGCCCUCAACUUCUACACCUCGGGCACAUUUCAGACGCCGGCAGGCGACGCAGCUGGCAUCAGCCAGGCCAGCAUGUCCCGCUGUGUCUCCCAAGUCACGACCGCCCUGACCCGCCGUGCCAACGCCUACAUCCGCUUCCCCUUCCAGCCUCAGCAACAGGCCCGCACCAAAGAGGAGUUCCUACGCAUUGCUGGCUUCCCCAACGUGCUAGGCACGCUGGGCUGCACCCACGUGGCCCUCAAGCCGCCCUCGGAUCAUGAGAACCUCUACCGCAAUCCACUGCACUUCCACUCCAUGAACAUGCAGCUGGUGUGCGAUGCCCACGGCAUGAUAACCCAUGUGGUGGCUGAGUUCCCUGGCUCUGUGCCGGAUGCCCACAUCCUCAGCUGUUCCAGCCUCAGGGGCAUCUUUGAGGGGCACCAGAACCUGGAUGGCUGGCUGCUGGCGGAUGGCACCUACCCCCUGAAGCCCUGGCUGCUGACACCUGUGGAGGCAGCAGAGACAGCAGCUGAGCAGCGAUACAAUGCAGCGCACAUGGCCACGCAGGCUGUGGUGGGACGUACAGUGGGGGCACUAAAAGGCCGGUUCCGGUGCCUGGACCAGGCAGGGGGGGUGCUCCAGUACAGCCCCCUCAAGGUCUGCCACAUCUUUGUGGCUUGCUGUGUCCUGCACAACAUGGCUGUGGGGCGGGGCAUUGCCAUGCCUGAGGGGGUGGAGCUCGGUGCCAGGCUACCUGACCAGGCUUCUCCCCACCCUGAGCCCCUCUCCCAGGAGGCCCAGUGCCUGCGGCAAGAGCUCAUCACCAGCUACUUCAGCUGAGGGACAGCCUGGGCCCCUGACCUACAUGCAUGUGGGAGGAGAUGCAGCGGUUGGAAGCCAGCCCAUAGAUGGGGGGGGGGGGGGGAGAGUUUGUGGUGGUGGAAGGGCAAAGCUCUCUGGGUUGGACUAUGGGCCAUAGCCCUACUAGAGCCAGCCCGGUUUCCCUCCCAGCCCUUUGGACUGGUGGGAAGCACAUACCUUCCCUGAGACAGACAAAGAGCAAGAGCCUUUGUUUGUGUAGGACCUACACUCACAGGCAGCAAAGGCUAGGAUCCUGCCACCACAGAGAGCGGACUGGGCUGCUGGAGCCAUUUUCCCCAACCUAGCCACCUCCAGGGGAGGAAGCUGGCACUCUGGCAGCACUGGAGAAGGUACAGAGGGCGCUCUCUUGUGAACCACACACAGAUCAUAGGUGGCCCCCUGGCAACUCUUCCCUGCUAGGACAUUAAACUGGCUCCUUGGCACUGGA